UCUGCACCUGAGUUCCUCUCUGCCAAGAUCCUGACAGAAUGAACCGACCAAAAAGGAACUCAGCAGGCAGGAGGUCCCCCGAGCUCCAACACUUGUUGGAGUUCCGUCGACAAUGUUGGAUGUCGUCCCCCACCGACAGGAAGGGGGUCACCCUCCCAUACUCGCCUGAGGGGGAAUGGGUCCUCCGUAAUUAUGCCCGGCUGUGGGAAAGCAUCUCCCAGGAGGAGCCACAGAGGUCCCCUCCACCUACCCAGCUGCCAACGAUCCCUGAGGGUCGUGUCCUGGCCGUGGCAACCCUGGGGGAUCAGGCAAGCCCCUCCCAGAGUCCUGAGGUGCCCUCCACAGCCAGCAGUCUCCCCAUGAAACGAGGGAGACUGUUUUCAUGGGAGUCAACUUCUGAGUCUUCGGUGUCCGAGACUGCCCUGCCCGAGACCAAACUCCCCCAACCCGCCUCUGACCCAGCUGUGGCCUCUGCACCGCGCCCAAGGAGGAAGAGGAGGAAGAGGGGGCCUGCCGGUCCUGUGACCCUGUCUCCUCCCGUGCCAGCAGCGGAGAGCGCUGGUGUGCCCGUGCCAGCAGCGGAGAGCGCUGGCGUGCCCGUGCCAGCAGCGGUGGGCGUGCCCGUGCCAGCAGCGGAGAGCGCUGGCGUGCCCGACCCAGCAGCGGUGAGCGUGCCCGUGCCAGCAGCGGAGAGCGCUGGCGUGCCCGUGCCAGCAGCGGUGAGCGCUGGCGUGCCCGAGCCAGCAGCGAAGAGGGCAGUAUGCAAGUCGGCAGUCGUGAGAGCGCAGGAGAGUGCCGCGGCCGACUCUGCAGCAAAGACUUUAGUACAGUGUGUCUCAUCUCGUAAGGAGAUGCCAAUUGUCUUAGCGGCUAAAGCCUUUUCAGAUUAUUUGUCUAGUCUUGUCCGUAUCCUAGAAGUCCCCGUCAGUCCUGUCUUGUCCUCAGACCCUGUCCCCAGAAAUCCCGAGUGUCCUGAUGUCGUCUCCCCGUGUCCCGUAGAUGUCGUCUCCCCGUGUCCCGUGAGUGUUGCCCCGUGUCCUGCUGAUGCAGUCAUGUGUCCUGUUGAUGUGGCCCCGUGUCCCGUAGAUGUCCCGUGUCCUGUUGUCCCCCUGUGUCCAGUAGAUGUUUCCCCGUGUCCAGUAGAUGUUGCCCCGUGUCCCGUAGAUGUCCCGUGUCCAGCUGUUGUUCCCCCGUGUCCAGCUGUCGUCUCCCCGCGUCCCGUAAGUCUUGCCCCGCGUCCUUUGUCUGCUCCUAUCAUGUCCCCUGUCAGUUGUCCCGAGACCCCUCCCCGCCCCUCACCACCCAGACCUGCCCGUACCCCCCGUCGUCAGCCUUCGUCCUGUCCUCCUAAAACUCCUGCCCCACCCACUCACCCUAGUCUGUCCCCCAUGAACUUUGUGGUCCCGCCUCCUCCCCUUCCCUGUUUGUUUUUUUUGAUUUGUCACCCUAACCCUGCCGUCGUGUAUUCAUGUCUGCCUUUGUUAUUAUUUGUCAUGUCUUGUUGGUUUGUGUCUGUGUCCCAGUCCGUCAUGUCAGUCAUAUCUCGUGUUUGAUGUUCCCUUGAGGAGCGUCUGGAAGCCGCUCCUUAAGGGAGGGGUUCUGUCAUGAUUCUGCCCUCGUGUCCUUGAUUUUUCCUAGUCUUGAGGCAGGAUCAUGACAGACCCGUGUUUUGUGUACAAGCACAUGGCCUUGCCUUUGGGCCAUGUGCUUGUGUUGUCUCGUUCCCUUGCCCCGCCCCCCUUGUUAACCUAGUCGUGUCUUGAUUGUCCCAUUUGUGCCACCUGUCGUGUCUUGAUUGUUCCCCCUAUUUAGAUCUCCUAGUGUGCUCUGUCUUGCGUCGGUUCAUUGUGUUCCUCACCUGUGAUUUGAGAUUUGUUCCCUAAGGAUUGUGAUUGUGAUUUGUGUACCUCAUAUGUGUUCAUCAUUCGUGAUUGUACCUUGUCCUUGAAACUCCUCGAAGUCUUUUGUCCUGCAGUGAGUGUUUGUUAGUAGUUAGUGUUCAGUCUUUGUUUACCUUGUUUACUGUGUUUUGUAGAAUUAUUUAGUGUUUACCCUAGCCCUUGUUUUCCCCCUCGUGGGUUUUGUUUUCCCCUUUUGUAAAACCUGUUUGUGUUGUAAAUCCUGUCUGCACCUGAGUUCCUCCCUGCCAAGAUCCUGACAGGUUUUGUUCAAUUGUUCAAGAAUUUGAUCGUGCUUUGCACUACAACAUAUAAAUACACUCAUAAUUCUCCCGAGUGUCACCAAUGCAUUUGAAAUGACUAUAAAUAUUUAGUCACAGUCUGUACCUACAGUAUUUAUUGUAUUUUCUCAGUUCAUUUUUUUCUCAAAUCAGUUCACUGAGACAAAAGCCAAUAGGUAAUAGUUGGUCCCCAAACUAAAGUGUGACCAAAUCUUUCUAUAGGAAAGUUUCUCAUAAUUGUGAAAUUUCAAAGCAUGUUAAUAAUUUUUAAAUGUUUUUAUAUGUAAUUACAAAAGAACGUUUGGAGUGUGAGUGUGCGCAGUUUGUGUUGUACAACGAAACGUCCACGUAACAUCAAGUUAUAUUUAA